GGAGUACAGUAAUGGCGACGAACAGACGAGUUUGGUUUUUAAACGUUUGUACUUUGUAAUAUUCAGUAAUUUUGUUAAUAAACUUUGAAACAUUUAACUUAGCAUGAGCAAAAUGUAAAAACAAUGUUUCGGGGAAAAGGAUGGUUUUCAGGAAGUUUGUGGAAACCCAAAAAUCCACAUUCUCUAGAACAGUUGAAGUACUUGUAUCAUCUGUUCUCAAAAAACCAGGUUGUAACUGAACAAAAUAAAGCUCUGCUUGUCGAAACACUAAGGUCUAUUGCUGAAAUCUUGAUAUGGGGUGACCAAAAUGACAGCACUGUUUUUGAUUUUUUUCUGGAAAAGAACAUGUUGUCUUUUUUCCUACAAAUCAUGAAACAAAAAUGUGGGCGCUAUGUAUGUAUACAGCUACUUCAGACCCUCAAUAUUUUGUUUGAAAAUAUCAGGAAUGAAACUUCACUGUAUUACCUGCUAUCUAAUAACCAUGUCAACUCUAUAAUAGUUCACAAGUUUGAUUUUUCUGAUGAAGAGGUAAUGGCAUACUAUAUAUCAUUUCUGAAAACCUUGUCUUUAAAGUUGAACCCUCACACUGUAAAUUUUUUUUAUAAUGAGCAUACUAAUGAUUUUCCAUUGUACACUGAAGCUAUCAAGUUUUUUAAUCAUGGUGAAAGUAUGGUACGAAUAGCUGUUCGAACACUAACACUUAAUGUAUUCAAAGUCCAAGAUAGAGCCAUGCUGAAGUUUAUUAGGAACAAAACUGCUGCUCCAUACUUCUCCAACUUAGUGUGGUUUAUAGGAAACCAUGUGUUAGAGCUUGAUAACUGUGUGAGGAUGGUAACAGAGUACCAAAGCCGAUUGCCAGACUUUGUUGCAGAACACCUUGAUCAUCUGCACUACCUAAAUGACAUCUUAUGUCUUCAUAUAGAUGAUUUGAAUGAUGUUCUCACAGACCACUUCUUAAACAGUUUGCUGGUUCCUUUGUAUGUCUUCUCUCUCACUAAAAGACGUCGACACUCUCAAACAGAGGAUGACAAGCCACAUGUUAGUAGUGUUGUAUCUCUGUUCUUACUCUCUCAAGUGUUCCUGAUUAUCUCUCAUCAGCCAUUAGUCAGACAGCUGGCACACACUAUUCUGAAUAAGGACAUGACAAUAUUUACAAGCAAACCAAGAGAGGAAGUGGCUGCUCAUGGUGGUAAUGUAAACACUGAACCUGGAUUUGUGGCUCCUCAGGAAACAUUAGAAAAGCUUCUUGAAAAUCAGAUUCAUGCCAAAAGUAAACACAUGUUCACUAAAAGUAGUGAAUCAAGUUCCAUGUCUCUUGAUGAUCAGACUUUAGAACCUCCUGAGGAGGGAGAUGUAUCACGUCCACCUUCUCAAGACAUGACCUCAGAUAGCUCUCUGCAGCAUGACACUAAAGAUGAAGAACAAGAAAGCCUCUCUGAGUGUUCUAUUGCUUUGCAGUCAAAUGGUACAAAUAUUACUGAUGAAGAGAAAGCAGUAGCCGCACAUAAACUUAGUCAGUCUGCUUUAGAGCACCUCCAACAAGAAUUUUCUCUCUCAAACAGACCAUUUUUGGAAGCCAUUUUUAAUGCCCUGGAGUGUACAGAAAAUGACCAUGCUGCUUUAUUUGCUCUGUGUUUGCUUUAUGCCUUGGGACACAAUGCAGCCGGAAUAAAUCAGGAUCUUCUAGACACCGUUUUGAUGCCAACAGAUAAAUCAGAGACAAAACAGCUUUACAACAUUAACUUGGUAGAAAGACUUAUAAAAAUCAUCAUUCAGAGCUGCCAGUACAAUAGUCGUAUAAGAUUAGCCACAUUAGAAAUGAGUAUUCUACUUGUGAAACAACUAGUGCUGAAAGAUGGUUAUAGUUUCCUCCAAGAUCGUCAUUUGGCUGCAAUCGAACAGGCUCGAGAAGAGAGCACCUUGCUGCUUAGGAACUUUUACAAGAGUGAGGAAAUUUUUUUAGACAUGUUUGAAGAUGAGUAUCAUGAAAUGAAGAAACGACCUCUAAAUGUUGAGUAUUUGAUGAUGGACGAUAAGCUUCUUUUACCACCCACGGGCACUCCAAUGUCUGGUGUAGAGUUCCAUAAACGUCUUCCUUGUGGAGAAGUGGAGAGGGCAAGACGGGCGAUCCGUGUCUUCUUCAUCCUGAGAGAUUUAUCCCUCAGUUUACAAGGAGAGGUUGAAACACAACUGCCUCUGACAAACACAGCCAACUGUAUUAAAAUGAAUGAAGUUCUCGAUCUUACUAACUUUCCAGAUAACAGCGACCUUAUUGCAUGUACGGUACUCACUAAAAAUGGAGAGAAGAUUCGCAGGUUCAUGGUGAUCGACAUCCUUCAGUUAAUCCUUGUUCAGCCUGACACUAAGAAGUUGGGAUGGGGUGUUGCCAAAUUUGUUGGAUUUUUACAGGAUAUUGAAGUUGCUGGUGACAAAGAUGAUAGCCGAUGCCUUCAUCUCACUGUUCAUCGACCUGCAUCAUCAGCAGGAGCUACAGCAGGGAAUGGACGAACACCUCUACUAGCUGCUAGGUUUGUGUUUGAUGACCACAUCAGAUGCAUGGCAGCUAAACAGCGACUUACUAAAGGACGACUCAAAGCAAGACAGAGAAAAUUACACCAAAUAGCAAGAUUAUUAGAACUGCCUGAACACAUUCAACCUUGUCCCUCUCCUCUCCGUCAAGGACUGCAUGUGAUUAGGGACACAGAUAAUCCUUCAGUAAUACACAGAAGCCAAUCACAAGACACAGGAUUUCACAGUAAAGCAUCAUCCUCUAGUGGUAGUCAGGGCCCUUAUCGUCCACUUUUUAUAUCAACAAACAGAGUGCCAGGAUUUGCUACCAUGAUGAAACGAGAACAGAAUUCUCUCCCAAGCUCAAUACAGCAUGAAUCAAGUGGUGGUGAAAGGCAGCGUAGACCAAGUGGAAGUCCUUCAAGUCAACGACACUCCUCAAUUCCCAGAUCUCGAGAUUCAUCUCCAAGGCAACAACGGAAUAGCAGUUCUGAAGAGAUUCCACUAGAAGAUCUUUCUAAGUCACGUUCUCGGCAUAGUAGUCCUAACCUAAAGAGACAGAGUGCUUCUGGCUUACCAAAGGCCAGGAUAAGUGCACCACCAAAUAUAUCUCUCAUACCAGUUUUCUCUGGUCAUGCCACUAUCUCAUCUCACUCUGGUAGACUGACUGAUGACACUGGAAAAAUAGAUACAAAGUUGGCAGCAGAAUUGGGAUGUAAAAAUCAUAUUGUAGACUCUCUUCAAGAGAUACCUGUCCCCAAAAGCCUAAGACCUGCUGAAAUUCCUUCAGUCUCAUUAGUAACUGGAUCAUUAAGUGAAGAUGUUCCUCAUUUGUUGCCACAACUACAUGCACAAGAUGGAGAUAUCAUUCAGAGUGUGUCAGGUUCUGACAGUGAGAUGGAUAGCCCAUCUGAAAUGUGUACCAAACCCUGCUGCAUGAAUGAAACAUCAUUUACUGAAAAGCAGCUACUGGCAGCUUUGGAUAAAACAAGAAUAGAUGAUCAGCAAUUGAUGUCUGAAGAAACAUCUCUGAACCUUUCUGAAGGUUUGUGCCAUCAUUCUUCAGCUGCUGCUGAAAUCGUCAGUUCUUCAGAAGCUCCUCAAAAAGCUGGUAGUGUGAAAAAAAACAAUACUGUAAAUAAAGGUGCAGUUCACACAGUAUGAUUAGAAGUUUUCAUUGAUGAUGAUACGAACAGUUAUUAAUUAUAGUGUAUGUAUGGAUGAACAAAAUUGUAAGUUUGAAUGAAGUAGAAAAUUAUUAUGAUGAAAUGGUUAUUUGAUUUUAAUAGCUGUUUUGAACUAAGGUGAAUUUCAAGUUUGUGUUGAUAUUGUUGAGACUGACACACUGCAAGUUAAAUGGAUCUCAUUAUUUUGGAAGAUAAUCAAACAAUGGAACUUCUGCAUAGUGCAAUUAUAACUGUUUGGUAUAGCAGUGCUCAAACUACAAAGUACAACUUGAGCUGGAAUGAGAUCUACAUCUAUAGGUUUUUCAUUUUCAAGCAGAUCAUAAUACAUGAAAUUUUAAUAUAUACAUUGCAUGUUUUAUUUAGCUGUGGCCUUCAAGAAUUUAAUAAUCACACUUAUUAUGUUUUCAACAAAAGAAAAUUAAUUUGACAUGUAGUUUGGACAAAUAAAUUUUCCAUCAAAGAUUCAAAUAAGCAUGUUCUUAUCACUUCCACCCAUUUUUAAUAUUAGUAACUUGCACCUUCAGCCUGCAUUAGUAAAGAUUUCUUAAAAUACUUUUGCAUGGGUUCGUGCUCUAAGGAACAAGGCUUCUUCAUAGCCAGAAUGUAUGAUUUAAAAAUUAGGUCUUUAAAAUUGCUUGCUGAGAUUUAUUUUGUAUUAAAAUAAAUUUUUGUAGAAACUGUUAAUAGCUUUUCUGAACAAGUAAUUACAGUUUACAAGUACUUGGAAGUGAAUUCAUAAUGACUGUUUUCAAAAACAAUUUUUCACAUUCUAAUGAAUAAAGUAGCUUAUCAAAAAACUUAAAUAUUUGUUUGUUUUCUUACACAAGCGCAUGUUAAAUAUUAAGCGGUGUUGCUUAAAACAUGUUAGAUCUUUAUGCAUACAAGUUAAUAAAAAAAAAAGUUGUUACUUUUCAUUAGGACCCAAUCUAGCAGACUUCCAUGACAUUCUAAUAAAACAAUAACCUACAUUCUCACUUGAAGAGUGAGUGGGAUUAGAAAUGCAUUGACAGCUAAGAUACUGUGUGUGAUAUCUCUGCUAAGCAACCAGUUUUGUAGAUUUUCAUAGCAGCUGAAUUCAAAAAAUAACUGAACCUUUUGUGAAAAAGAUUUUAUAGAUGUGUAAACAGUAAAACUAGAGCAUAGUUCUAAGCAACCAAUCUUGUAUCCUUAAUAUCUGUGUGAGUAAGAAAUUAAUUGCAACUCGAUUUAAGGUUUGCUGUGCAUAAGUACUGAAAAACUGAGGUUGGAGAAACUACUUCAAACUACUUUAAAAACAGUAAAUAUUCUGAAUUCUAGUUAUUUAUGCAUAAUUGUAUAAUUGCUGAAAUGAGCAUUGUAUAGCCUGAUGUUUAGGGUGCUUAACUCACAGUCUGCCUCUCAUGGGAUCAGGUUUGUUUGUUGCCAAACAUACUUGUUCUUUCAACCAUGGGGCAGUAUAAUAUGAUGUUCAAUCCCACUAUUUGUUAAUAAAGAGUAACCAAAGUCUAUCACUUCUAAAUUAGGGACAGCUAGCACUGAUAGUCAUCAAGCCUUAUAUUAAAUUUCACGAAACAGAUAUUGAUUUGUGGAACCAAAAAAAAAACGUAUUAAACUCUGUAAAUUGUAGAUGCUCUUCAAAUCAAAUGGUUUACAAGUACAGAUAGUGUAUGGAUAUUCAGUUCUCUAUGUCACCAGCUAAAUGACAACUGUAUUUUCUGAUCAUAAAAUGACUUAGCUGUACUGGAAGCUGCAGAAAGAUUGUAUUUUAAAUAAGGGAGUUAAUUGUUGUUUACAAGAAGAUCUAGAAUUAUGACAAACUUGCUGCUGUAAUUGGAAAUCAUGCUUUGAUAUUUUCUGUGAAACAUUUAUGAUUGUUGAUUACUAUCAUGCACUCUCAUCAGAUCAGUGGAUAGACAUUGGUUUGGUCACAGUUAAGAAAACAUUUAAAUGUUUGCUUAGAUAAAAUUGUGAAUAUUAAUGAUAACCUGUGCUGCAUAUAAUCUGAUUAGUGUGCUUAAAAACACAGCACUGAUAAGAACUUUUGUACAACUUGCAAUUUGUAUUUUUUUUGUUAGGAUCAUUUUGAUUGGACCUUAAAAUAAACUACAGUAGAUAGCCAACUAUUUAUCUUUAUAAAAGUUUACCCAGUGCUUGAAGUGGAGGAAGCAAGAUGGUGUGUGAUAAUUUUGAAUAUGAAAAAUAUAAGAAAAAAUAGCCUAAUUGAUCUGUGUAUAGUUUUAGAGUAGGCCAACAUGUAUCAGCUUGAAAUAGUAACUCUAAAUUGUUAUAGUUUAUUAACUAAAUUUGUUUCAUUGUUGUUUUGUGUUGCAUCUUGCUGCCCAUACUGAUGUGAAAGGGAGAGGAAAGAGAAGGUAAGAUAUUUGAUGUCGCCCUAGGCAACUGUAAAAGUACCGGUGUGGUUUCAAGUCUAUUAAAAGGUAGUAAGAUGGUUUUUGGCCUUCCUGAAAAGAAGUAGGAUGGCAUCCCUCUUCAUCCUGCUCCACUUCAAGCAAUGACUUUAUCUGUUUGUGGUAGAGUAUGUUUUAAAAAAUGUUUUUUUUCUACUAGUAUAAAAAGAGAGAACUAAAAGUUUUUUGUUUUUUUUUCACAAAAAUAUUGCAUUCAGUUAAGAUAUUCUGAGUAUGGAUUUUGUUAUAAAAGAUAACCUGUUAUUUCAACAAGCAAAAAAUACUAUAUUUUGUAUGAUAUACCCAAAAUAUGGUGUUUUUGUAGCAGAUAAUCUCUAAUCUAUGACACACAAAAUAUUGAUUUCACUCUAUAUCCUAAGUAAUAUUUUUUAGAUCUAGCAGUUAAUCUACCCAUAAGAGGUAAAAUACUGUAUUCUGUCUGAUAUCUCUUUAACAUAAUUUUUCAUCCUAACAGAUAAACUGCUUUGUAGCUCAUAAAAGUGUGUAAUCAAAGUAAAGUAUGUAAUAAACAUGAUUUUUUUUUAUCAUA